AUAACAGAAAUUCAGUCGUGCACGUAUGAAUUUUAGCUUCUGUCUUCAUCACGAGAGCGUAAUGCCACUUUUGCUCAAGAGUUGUCCAAAUCUACACACUUUAGUCCUCAAGGGUCUUGUGCACAGAGUAACAAAUCGAUGUGGAGAUGCAUGCCCUUGCAUCCUUGAGAAACAGAGGAAGAUUGUCAAGGAGGAAGAGGAAUUAUGUUGUUUAUGGACAUGUCAAGUGAAGAUUCUAGAGAUUUCAGAGUAUGGAGGUUCUUUUCAAGAGCUGGAUCAGAUGAGACAUUUCUUGGGAAAGUUGGAAUGUCUUGAAACUGUGAAAGUUAGUGUUGUGGACGCAGACAACAAUAGCAAGCUCUUGCGAACUAAUCUGUUGUCUCUCCCCAGACUUUCAUCAGAAUGCAACAUCCAAUUCAUCUGACAUUUUCUUUCUUUUAUCUUUCUCGGUUUGUUGGCAAUGUGAAAGUAACUUAACAUGAAUGAAUAUGAGAUUAUUAUAUCAGUAAAGUUGGUUACAAUCUCUA